UUGCAGAACAUGCCACGCAAGCGACGCGCCUCGACACCGACAUUGGAAGCAGACGAGGAAGAGUUCGCCUCGGAAGAAAGGUACACCAAGGACGAGUUGGACAACCGUGCACCGAGGAACGCGGCGAACGCGAGGGAACGAGCUCGGAUGAGAGUCCUGAGCAAAGCGUUUUGCAGAUUGAAGACCACUUUGCCCUGGGUGCCAGCCGACACGAAGCUCAGCAAGUUGGAUACCCUUCGUCUCGCCGCCACGUACAUCGCUCAUCUUCGAGCGGUUCUCAGGGACGAUGGGGACUCGCACUCGGAAACGACCAGGUCCUUGUCUCUGGCUUUGUCGUGGCCAUUCGCUCUUCAAGGAAGCAACGCCUCGAUGCUAAUGAACAACAGUUGCAACGUGUCGUCGUCGACGUCGCCGAAUUCUAAUCAGUACCGCGGUCAGCAGGGUGCCCACGAAAUCCAGAAUUUCCAUCACCCUGGACAUCAGAACAUGUCAAUACGACACAAUCACGAGCCACAGCUUUCCUAUUUCUAAUACCUCUCGACAGAGGCGAUUAGAAAUUCUUCUUAUCGACGAACAACGUUCUAUUCACGAACGAAAGACUCUUAUCGCUAACGACGAUGCCAA